GAACGACCAUAUCGCUGUGCCGUUUGUGCUAAGACCUUCUCACAGCCGGCCGUAUACAAUGAGCAUGUGAAACGGCACACCGGCGAGAAGCCUUACACUUGCUCCGUGUGUGCCAAAGGCUUCCCACGGGCAGCUCGGCUUGCCGUACAUAUGCGAGUACAUACCGGUGAGCGACCCUAUGCCUGCUCGGCCUGCGAUCGCAAGUUCAGCCAGCCUCAUCACUUAGCCGCGCACAUGUGA